CAACGCGAUUCGCGUGUGUCUCAUCACAAAGGUUGAGAAUCAUAUUCAGAAGUCUUCCAACCCGUUCGAUCACCCCCUCUUUUUCACAACUUCGCAAUGGAGGCGACAAACGGCGCAUCGGCUGCUGGCACAACACCUGCGAACGGAGAGCGUGAGGAGUCUGGCGGCUUCAAGCUCAAGUUCUGCACAGUGUGUGCCAGCAACCAGAACCGUUCUAUGGAAGCACACCUUCGGCUUUCCCAGGCCAACUACCCCGUGAUAUCGUUUGGCACGGGUUCGCUUGUGCGCCUGCCUGGACCGUCCAUCACGCAGCCCAACGUAUACCAGUUCAACAAGACGUCGUAUGACUCAAUAUACAAGGAGCUCGACGAGAAGGACCACCGGCUGUACACGGCCAACGGUCUCUUGAAGAUGAUUGGGAGGAACAGACAAAUCAAGUUCGGCCCCGAGCGGUGGCAGGACUGGCAGGUAGGCGUGCCGCGGCUUAAGCAGUCGGCAGAUAGAGGUAGCGCAGGCGUCGAGGGUGGCGUGGUGGAUGUGGUCAUAACUUGUGAAGAACGAUGCUGGGAUGCCGUGAUCGAUGACCUGCUCAACCGUGGCGCCCCUCUGAACCGGCCAGUCCACGUCAUCAACGUCGACAUCAAGGACAACCAUGAGGAGGCGCUCGUUGGUGGCAGAGGUAUUCUCGACCUAGCAGACUCGCUGAAUGCUGCGGCCAAGGAAGAGCGUGAGAUUGUGGGUGCUCAAGUCUUUGACAUGGGCAGCGCGUCUGCGAGAGCUUCCUUUGACGACCGAGUCCCGGAGAUCAUUGGGGAGUGGCAGGAGCGAUGGCCAAACCUGCCAGCAACAUGGACCUUGGCCUGGUUCUAGCUGCCAGACGGAUAUCGCAUCUGCUCUCUGGCGCAGCAUGAUAGCUCGGCCGUGGCACACAAACAUCUGCGCCACGGCAGUCAGGCACGUUUCGCUGCUCGGCAGCAUGCUUUUUGGCGAUUUCUCAGCUGGCCAUGUAAUGAUACCCACGAAG